AUGAUUUGGUAAUUAAUUAAUAAACAAAAAACAAAUUUGAAACAAAAUAAAAAAAUGAAUAAAUUACUCGCUUUAUUGCUCGUUUCUCUGUUGGUAUGCUAAGCUACUGCUUUCUCCUUCAGACUUUCUGAUAGCGGAGAAGAUAAGGGUGAAGACAAUGGUGAAUUUUCUGGAGCCUGGUAUGAAGAAUCAAGCACUGAUAAAGGUGAAGUUGUUGACUAAGGUGAAUUCCACGGAAAUUAUUUCUUCUACGACAAUGGUGAGAUUAACAUCGCUGCUUUCUACUAAAAAUAGUAAUACAAUCGUCAAGACCUUGGUGAAAACAUUUAUGAAUCUGAUAAACUCUACGAUUAAGGUGAACUCUUACACGUUGGUCUUGAUGGUCAACUCACCAAAGAAGAUGUUGCUAACCUUGUCUUAAAGAGACUUAGAUCUAAGAAAAACUGA